ACCAUAUUUUGGACAAAAACUGUAUGAUUAAAUAUAUUAAACUCAUCAAAUUAAAAAAAAAAUUAACAAUUAUACAAUUAAUUUUGUUCUAAUUGCUCUAGAAACGAAACGCAACGUUGUCCAACACUAAGGGUCUGGAAAAUUGCCAGUGCUGGAAAGUGCGGAAAGCAUGUCACGUCGGAACGUCGACAAAAGACACAAAUAAUAGGAAAAAGCUUAUUUCGCGCAGGCACUCGCAUAUCCCCAGUAAAUGCAAGGCCAAUGCAAAUGCACAUUUAGUACGGGCCACCAAACAGUGUAUCAAAUCGUGGAGUUCCCAACUCAAAAACGGCGAGCAAAGCAGCAACAACGAAACGCAGUUUAGGGCCUGCAUUUUUGCGAUAGUGUGAAAAGUGCGUGUGUGCAAAAGAAUACAAAAUAAAGGGGGCGCAAAAGAGGCAGUGAGAACAACAACACACAAAAACAGAAGACAAGUUACACAGAGAAAAACGCAAACACCCGCACUUACACAAACACCCACACACACUUGUGAAACUCCCAACGUCGAGUCAGCAAAUUGUGCCACACACACAAAACGAGGAAAGAGGAAGAAGAGCAGCAGCAGAAAAACAUAGGUGCUUCGCUCGCAUCUCACCAUCUCUGAAACUCCAACGCGACCCGAACUUCCCGACUACCCAACUCUCCGGAAUGAAUCGCUCCGACGGAUUGGUGCGUCGCGCGGUGAAAGUCCGCGAAAACGGUGGGGCGGAGGGCGGACUGAAUGCCAACACACCGGACGACAAUCAGGAUGCACUGGACAGCCUGAAGGACCAGGAGGACAACAUCGACGAUGGCGACUCCAAGGAAACACGACUAACGCUCAUGGAGGAGGUUCUGCUGCUGGGACUCAAGGACAAAGAGGGCUACACAUCUUUCUGGAACGACUGCAUAUCAAGCGGCUUGCGCGGAUGCAUUCUCAUAGAACUUGGACUGCGAGGUCGCGUGAUGAUCGAGAAGUCUGGAAUGCGGCGACGUGGCCUAUGUACAAGAAAAUUGAUACUGAAAUCGGAUCAGCAGACGGGAGACGUUCUACUCGAUGAGGCACUUAAACACAUUAAGGAAACAGAUCCCCCAGAGACGGUGCAGAGCUGGAUUGAAUAUCUUAGUGGUGAAACUUGGAAUCCGUUGAAAUUGCGCUACCAACUGAAAAAUGUACGCGAACGUCUGGCCAAAAAUCUGGUGGAGAAGGGAGUGCUCACAACGGAAAAGCAAAAUUUUCUACUCUUCGAUAUGACGACACAUCCGCUGAGCGACAAUGUUGUCAAAUGUCGCCUGGUCAAGAAGAUCCAGGAUUCUGUGCUCUCCAAGUGGGUCAACGAUCCACAGCGCAUUGACAAGCGGAUGCUGGCGCUUAUCUUCCUGGCGCACGCCAGCGAUGUGAUUGAGAACGCCUUCGCGCCCCUGAAUGAUGACGACUACGAGGUGGCCAUGAAGCGGGUGCGGCAGCUGCUGGAUCUUGACUUCGAAACGGAGUCGGCCAAGCCGAAUGCGAACGAAAUUCUGUGGGCGGUGUUCAUGGCGUUCACGAAAUAGAUGAUCCUCUGCUCCUCUCCGCUCCUCUCAAUAGCACACACCCACACACACACACACGUACCCCAACACAGAAAUACAGACCCACAUCUGGAUUACAUUUUGCUGCUUUUGUUUUAGAAACUAUGCUGUGAGUGGAACCGAAACGGGCGAUAGGAUUUUCUUAAUUGGCAAACACCCCAAAUAUCUGUUUCAGUAAUAUAUAUUUUUUAAGCGAGACUAUAAAGCAGCCAUAAAGCCUAUUUAAAUAUAUGUUUAUCAGCACUUCAAUAAUAUAAAUCAACACCUCCAUUGUCCUUUGAUUUUUCCUGUAUUGUUGAGCAUUUUACAUGCCAAUGUUUUGCAAUCAUAAUCAGUAAGUUGUGUUCCACGACACAUAGAAUUUAGUUGAUGAUUUCUCUGGCAAUGCAAAUCAAAAUGUAUGAUGGAAAAUUUGAAGCUGCAGCAUUGUUUUUGUAAUUAUAUAUCUAGCACUAAUUGUAAGCGCCAACAAAAAAAACUCUGAUAAAGUCUGGGCAAGCUGCGUGCGAUUGUCUAUUGUGAAAUAUCUAUACUAUAUAUGUUUUAUCAAAACUCUUCAAUGCUGUGUUUAAUUGUCAAGUAUUUUCGAGCCCUCUCCAUUUAUUUGAUUGAGCGAAGAAAA